GCGAUGAGUGAGUGCAGGUAUUCAUGCGAGAGUGCUUGGGAGACCCGAGCAUGGAUGAACGAUAUCAUCCACUUCCUCACGCCCUACUUCCCCUUAAUCAAUGCACACGUCGUCAAUUUCUUUAAGGAUAGGCUAUGGGAGAAUGUUAACGCCGAAUGGAUCCAUUGCCUUCGCAAAGAACCAGUUCCCAAUCUUCUCUUGGUUCCUUCUGGUUUAGUACAGUAGCUUGGUGCGUUCGAUGUGGUCUCGCUGGCUCUAUUGGUGGAUCAAUGGCCAGCUUCUCUCAAGGAGUUCAUCCUAAAAUUAAGGUCUAUGGUAUUUUGUCAGAAUCAAGCCGAUAUAAACGUGGCAUUACCUGGUAUAAAGAUGACUUCUCUUAACAGUGUUCUUGCCCAGGGUAUGAAUGCAAAGAAAAGACAUGAAGUAGAAGUUCUUUCUGCUGUCGUAAAUACUGUUGCAGACAGUGUGAGAGCCCAUGCCAUUGUUGAUGUUGGUGCUGGUCAGGGUUAUCUUGCACAAGUACUUGCCUUUCAAUAUCAGCAUCCUGUCCUUGCUAUUGAUGCAUGUUCUCAUCAUGGGAAGGUUACUGAUGCACGGGCAGAACGAAUUAGAAAGCACUAUACAUCACAGAUGGUAAAAUCUGGAUCAGGUAUGCGGAGUUUGAAUGUGCCGAAGACAAUCACAUGUCAUGUGUUGUCCAUUGACACAUUAAAAACCUUGGUUGAAACAUCUUUGCCUGGAGAUGAUGUUGAGCGAUCCAGGUUAAAGGGAGAAAAUCAAGAAGAUCAAGGGCAACUAGAUUGGCUAAGUGAUGCAAACAAAAAACCUUCAACUGUUCUUGCUGGGCUUCAUGCCUGUGGUGACCUUUCGGUGACUAUGCUGAAAACUUUCUUAGAGUGCAAAGAUGUUAAAGCUGUUGUUAGUAUCGGUUGCUGUUACAAUUUAUUAUCUGAAGAAUGGAUUAAUGAUGGUGAAUCUCAGUGUGGGUUUCCGAUGAGUUGUGCUUUAAGAUCCACUGGUUUAUCACUUGGAAAAAGUGCACGCGAUCUUGCUUGCCAGAGUGCAGAGAGAUGGAGGAGCCUGGACACACAUGCUGGCAUUCACAACUUUGAGUUGCAUGCUUUUCGGGCAGCUUUUCAAAUGGUUCUUUCUAACUAUUAUCCAGAAGUCAUGAUGAAUACUCCUUCAAUUGGGCGUAAAGGGAAGGCUCUUCGUCGGCGACAUCAGAGUAGAUCCGCCAUGAGACAAAAUUUUCCUCCCGUAGUGCCUUUGGAAUCAGAAACUGAAGGGAUUUUUGGCUCCGCAUCAGAAAUAGUGGCCUUGCCUAGUGAAAUUCCUUCUAAUGAAAGGGCUGGUUGUGAAGGGAUUAAAUCCGAUGAUAAAUUUUUGCAUUUUGAGAAUUUCUGCCAGUCUGGAUUGUCUCAUCUUGGAAUUAAACAUUCACAUGAUAUAAACCUUCAAGGCACAUGGAAGGAAGCUGAACCAUUUGCUGACCUUAUAGGACCUUAUUGGACUCUCAGAGCUGCUUUAGGGCCUCUAUUGGAAACUCUUAUUCUGCUUGAUAGAUUAUUGUUUCUUCAAGAGCAAGGUAGUGUGUUGGAAGCCUACUUAUUACCAAUAUUUGACCCAACCAUAUCCCCAAGAAAUGUGGCCAUAAUUGCAAAAAAGAUUGACGAAGAUUGAAGAUCCUCCUGUUACUGAAAGGAUACAUCCCAGUGUUUUCUUUUACUUCCAAAAAACAAAGGUGUGAAGCUAGACCAUGAAACAUCUGUUUCAAGGUUGAAUAUGACUAAGUAUUGCUUGGUUGGAGUGGAGGUUCUUUAUAAGAUCCUUUUUCCUGGUUGGAUUAUUUUUCUGUCACAUGUUGAUAUUAUUAAAUUGAUUAAACCAUAUAAAGGACCUGUAUUGCUCUCUCUACUCCAAUGCUGGACUUCCUUGUGAGUGGAGUUGAUUCUCAAAGGUCCUCUCAAGUUUCAAGUGAAGAAGGUCAAAUCCACAAUGAUGCUGCAAUCAUUUAAUGCCCUGCUUUCUUGAUUCACCAAAUCCUCUUAGGUUAAGAUCAAUUAUAUGGUACUAAGCCACAAUGCUGCUAAACUGUCAUGAUUCAGUUGCGCUGCUUCCCUCUGUCCUUGUCGGUAAGAGGUUGUUACUCAGGGUCCAACAUCAUGAGAUGUUACUUUGUUAUCGUUAAUCACAUGUUUAGGGUUAUUUGUAUUAAUUAUUGAGCUUCCAGCAUAUUGGUAUACUAUUCUUUUUGUUGUCUUUCCGCUUUGGGCAUGAACUUUUUUUAUUCUUUUUACCGAAUUACUACGGUGUUGAGUGUUCUCAAUAGAUAGUGCUAGAAGUAAUUCUCAAUAGUAUGUGCUGAAAACGUGAAAUAGAUGUUGGGCUCAACGUGUGGUCCGUCAAGAAGCUGUUAGUUUGGCCCAAAGCCCAAACUCUUCAAUAUUGUUGCAUUUCUUUUGUGUUCUCAAUAUAUGUUACUAGAAGUAAUUUUCAAGGUAUUAUGUUAUAUGUAGGGAUUGGGUCCUUCGAGAAGCUGAUAAUUUGGUCCAAACUCUUUUUUGCUGUUGCAUUUAUUUCCUAUUAAUUUAUUUUCUCGAGGUUUUAAUAUUGUACUCACUAGGAAGUAAUAUUCUUUGUAAAAUAGGGUAUGGUACAUGAAAUCGUAUUUGCUUUAUUCUUUCGCUCUUUCAUUCACUAAUGAUGAUUAUCUGCUGUUUAAUCAGUAGUU